UUUUUCUUUGGGAUGAGUUCCUAGAAGUGGAAUUAUUGGAUAAAAGGAUUUUCUCUAUUUUUAAAGUUGCUAGGAUAUAAUUCUUAGAUUUUGACAAUUUAUACUUAGGGAGUAUCACUGCUAAUCAAUAAUUUUUCUCUCCUGUGAUUCUGUUCCUUAGGAAAAAGAGAUCACGCACAAUACGGUCUUUAGGAUCUUUUCCAGAAAGUCUUUCUUUCAUGAUGGCUAAAAAUACUACUGAUACUAUGACAUCAUUGGAAGAAGUGUUUCAAUGCCUGGGGGCCUUGAGGAGUAUCAGGGAUAGUUUCUGAAGAGAUGCAUUAUUUUUCAUUUGCACCUGAACAGCUGAAGACAUUCACUUCUCAGGCUCUUGGCUUGAUUUGAACAAAUGGGCUGUGUGGAGAUUCGUUUCAGGGUACUUCUCACUGUGGAAUUGUAGCAAGAUCACCAAGGAGCCCUGAGGUCCAGCUGCAGCCCUGGGCUUUAGUUUCUCAUUUGUAAAAUAUAAGGGUUGGACUAGAUAACUGAUAAAGCCUUUUACUUCUGACAAUGUAUGGUGUCCUAGGUGACUUCUCUUUCCUCCUUUUCCUGGACGCCUGUCAUAUCUCUCCAGGAAUCCUAGUUUGUGUGUUUGUUUCCAUAGAGCAUAUUCCUGAGGGAAGGUGGCUGAGGUGCUACACAAGAUGUUUGUGCUUCAUGAACCCCAGAAGCUGCAGAUUCUGUAUGAAUCUUUGGAAAAGAACAUCCCUGAGUCCUUGAAGGUAUAUGGUGUCAUUUUCAACAUUAAAAAUAAAAACCCAUUCAACAUGGAGGUGCUGGUAGAUGCCUGGCCAGAUUAUCAGAUAGUCAUUACCCGGCCUCAGAAACAGGAGAUGAAGGAUGAUCUGGAUCAUUAUACCAACACUUACCACAUUUUCACCAAAGCUCCUGACAAGAUAGAGGAAGCCCUGGCAUGCCCUCAGGUUAUCAACUGGGAACAAGUCUUCCAGAUCCAAGGUUUCCAAGAGAGUUUGGAUGAAGCAAUAAAGAAGGUUGCAGCUUCAAAAUCAGUGCAGGUGGAUUACACAAGGACCAAACUCUUUAUGAUGGAAAUUCCAGUGAAACGCAAUACAUCAAGUAAUGGCAAGAUGGAUAUGAUGGAGCUAGUUAAUAUGCCCACAGAUAAUAAAAAUCAAAACAAAGGAGACUUUCUGAGCAUCAAGUUGGAUCCUUCACAUGCAAAGCUUGUAAAUGAGCAGUGGGACUUUGGAAAAAAUGAAAGGAGCUUGAAAUAUAUUGAACGCUGCCUCCAGAGUUUUCCAGGAUUUGGUAUUCUGGGUCUACAGGGGCUCCCUAUCUCUUGGGUUGUGAUGGAACAGUCCUGUGAGUUAAGAAUGGCUUAUACUGUCCCUAAAUACCGAGGCCAAGGCAACAUGCAACAAAUUUGUUAUUACUAUGUAGAGUAUCUUACUCAGAGAAAAAUACCAUUUUAUUUACAUGUGGCUGAAAGUAAAGAAAAAAACCAAAAAUUAUUGAGAAUGUUUGGAUUUAACAUUUCUCUUUGUGGCUGGCAUCAAUGGCAAUGUACCCCCAAGAAAUAUUGCUGAUUGGCGCCAGUGAAAAUGCAUCAGUACAAAUACAAACAUGAUAAUCGACAUUAGCACAAAAAGUAUCCAAUUAUCUGGUAUCCAUGCAUCACUUAAGCCCACUCUUACUAGUAUUUUUGUCUGUCUUCUCCAUAAUACAGAAAAUUAGAAGCUUGGUACUUUGGUGCUAUUCUUUUCCUUUGUGGUGACAGGCAUUUUAGAAUUAAAAACACUCAAUGUCAAUCAUUAGUGCCAAGAUAACCCUUUGAAAGUAAUAUUUGGUACACAUGAGGGGGAGUUGGUGGGAUAGGUGAGAAAGGUGAAGGGAUUAGGAAGUACAAAUUGGUAGUUACAAAAUAAUCACUAGAAUGUGAAAUAUG